AUGGCAUACUCUGGGAGGCUGGACGGUGUUAUUUCACGCAAGGCUGAGUUCUCCUUGCAGAUUCCCCGAGAGCUGUUACAUACACCAAGUGAGAGAAGUAAUAAUAGUAACAAUAAUAACAAUAAUAGUAACAAUAAUAACAAUAAUAGUAACAAUAAUAACAAUAAUAGUAACAAUAAUAACAAUAAAAGUAACAAUAAUAACAAUAAUAGUAACAAUAAUAACAAUAAUAGUAACAAUAAUAACAAUAAUAGUAACAAUAAUAACAAUAAUAGUAACAAUAAUAACAAUAAUAGUAACAAUAAUAACAAUAAUAGUAACAAUAAUAACAAUAAUAGUAACAAUAAUAACAAUAAUAGUAACAAUAAUAACAAUAAUAGUAACAAUAAUAACAAUAAUAGUAACAAUAAUAACAAUAAUAGUAACAAUAAUAACAAUAAUAGUAACAAUAAUAACAAUAAUAGUAAUAAUAAUAGUAACAAUAAUAACAAUAAUAGUAACAAUAAUAGUAACAAUAAUAGUAACAAUAAUAACAAUAAUAGUAACAAUAAUAACAAUAAUAGUAACAAUAAUAACAAUAAUAGUAAUAAUAAUAGUAACAAUAAUAACAAUAAUAGUAACAAUAAUAACAAUAAUAGUAACAAUAAUAACAAUAAUAGUAACAAUAAUAACAAUAAUAGUAACAAUAAUAACAAUAAUAACAAUAAUAACAAUAAUAGUAACAAUAAUAACAAUAAUAGUAAUAAUAAUAACAAUAAUAGUAACAAAAAUAACAAUAAUAGUAACAAUAAUAACAAUAAUAGUAACAAUAAUAACGAUAAUGGUAACAAUAAUAACGAUAAUAGUAACAAUAAUAACGAUAAUAGUAACAAUAAUAGUAACAAUAAUACCAAUAAUAACAAUAAUAGUAACAAUAAUAACGAUAAUGGUAACAAUAAUAACGAUAAUGGUAACAAUAAUAACGAUAAUGGUAACAAUAAUAACGAUAAUGGUAACAAUAAUAACGAUGAUGGUAACAAUAAUAACGAUAAUGGUAACAAUAAUAACGAUAAUGGUAACAAUAAUAACGAUAAUGGUAACAAUAAUAACGAUAAUGGUAACAAUAAUAACGAUAAUGGUAACAAUAAUAACGAUAAUGGUAACAAUAAUAACGAUAAUGGUAAUAAUAAUAACGAUAAUGGUAACAAUAAUAACGAUAAUAAUGGUAACAAUAAUAACGAUAAUAGUAAUAAUAAUAACAAUAAUAGUAACAAUAAUAACAAUAAUAACAAUAAUAGUAAUAAUAAUAGCAACAAUAAUAGUAACAAUAAUAACAAUAAUAGUAACAAUAAUAACAAUAAUAGUAACAAUAAUAACAAUAAUAGUAACAAUAAUAACAAUAAUAGUAACAAUAAUAACAAUAAUAGUAACAAUAAUAACAAUAAUAGUAACAAUAAUAACAAUAAUAGUAACAAUAAUAACAAUAAUAACAAUAAUAACAAUAAUAGUAACAAAAAUAGUAACAAAAAUAGUAACAAAAAUAGUAACAAAAAUAGUAACAAUAAUAACAAUAAUAAUAAUAAUAAUAAUAAUAAUAAUAAUAAUAAUAAUAAUAAUAAUAAUAAUAAUAAUAAUAAUAAUAAUAAUAAUAAUAAUGAUAAUGAAAAUAACAACAACAAUGAUGAUGCUAAUAACCACAACAUGAAGGUGUGUAUAAUGAAACGGAUGGUGCCAUACCCCUGGAAGGAAGAGAUGGAAUGUUGCAGCAGUGGCCAUUCGCUGGACAAGGGUUAG